AUGACCGAUCUCUGUUGGGGACCGUGCCAGUCUCCUCCGGUGGCGACAUCUGUUGAGCAGCGUGCCAGUGACUCGCCUUCUAGAUCGACGCGAAGUGACUUCGACGAUUCUGGAAGGCCGCUAUGUGGCUCACCGGACUCUUCUCGAGCUAACGAUGCGGAGUAUAUAACUCGACGGCCGGGAGACGGAGUCUUUCUUAAGAAGUUUGAAAGAGUGCGAUCUGCGACAAUCUAA